AUGAUUUCCUCAUCAAUCAUGCGAUCUUUGACUUUGAUCGGCAGAAAGUGGAAGCCUCUAAUAUUCCCGCAAAAACCUUUCGCCCAGAUUGCUUCCUCAGAAAGAAUCGAGGAAGAGACCUUUCGAGACUACGUAGCCUCACGCUACUAUCCGACCCAUAUUGGCGAGGUCUUGCGAGACCGCUAUCAAGUAGUCGGGAAAUUGGGUUACGGUGCAUCGUCGACGGUAUGGCUCGCGCGAGAUCUGAGCGGCAAGCGACACGUCGUACUGAAGCUAUUCAUCACGUCUUCUUCUCUCGGUAAACACUUAGACGAUGAAAUCAACAUCUACAGACGCCUCAAGAAACAAACCCAAGUUCACCCUGGCCGCGACGCUGUACGGCAGCUAUUGGACACGUUCGAUAUUGAAGGGCCAGAUGGCCAACACCGCUGUCUCGUACACCCGCCUCUGUGGGAGAGUGCACUGUCUUUUCUGCACCGCAACCCGAUCGGUAGACUUCCCGUGCCAGUGUUAGCAUUCACGCUGCGACGACUCUUUCAAGCACUAGACUUUCUGCACAGCGAAUGUCGUGUCAUACACACAGAUAUCAAAGCCGACAACAUCAUGUUUGGCAUCCAAGAUUACGAUGUCUUUCGAAAGUACGAACAACUCGAGCUCCAGGAGCCCAGCCCGAGAAAGGUCUUGGACGACCGGACGAGUUAUACCUCCCGGGACCUGAGCCCGCCGAAGCAAUGGGGAGCGCCUGUCCUUUGCGACUUUGGCUCUGCGGCCUUGGGAGACGCCGAGCAUACGGAAGAUAUACAGCCAGAUAUAUACCGUGCGCCCGAGGUCAUACUAGGAAUUCCCUGGUCAUAUGAGGUUGACAUCUGGAAUACUGGCUGCAUGGUCUGGGAUCUCUUCGAGGGUGGACAUCUCUUUACCGGCCACGAUCCAGAAGUCCAUCGCUACAGAAGUCGGUCGCACCUAGCAGAGAUGAUUGCGCUGCUGGGAUCGCCACCGCUGGAGCUACUCGCGCAAGGCGCUGUGAGUGACCAUUUCUUCGCGAAGGACGGAACACUUCACGCGGAUAUUCCACGGCCAGAUGCGGUCUCUCUGGAGCACAGAGAGGACUCACUGAUUGGCUCGGAGGAUCGACAGCUUUUCCUACGCUUCAUGAGCAAAAUGCUACAGUGGGAGCCAUCGAAACGUCACUCGGCCAAAGCGCUAGCGGAAGAUGAGUGGAUUCGAAAAAACACGUAA